AUGGUCGGACGAGGUUUCGACAUUGGCGCCGUGGUGCGCAACCCGGCACUUAUCGUGACAAUCGGCGUCGCCUUCGUUGCAUGGUUCAUUGCCUUCAUCGGCCAGUGCGUCGGUGAGGCACAAUACAGCGAUGCCACCGGCGACGUAGGCAGCCGGUCAAGCGCGCCUCUGUUCGGCGUGCUCUGGUUUGCCAUUUGGGUGCAAAUCCUGGUUAUCGUAUUCUUCUUCAUCUCGGCCUGCAGCGGCACGCUGUCCCAGCACCGAUUUGCGAUCGCCAUCUUCACCGCAAUCUGCGUCGUGUUCUCCGUGUUUGGUGUUCAGAAUAUCUUUGCCAAGGGUUCCGGCUCUGUCACUGCCACCGGUGUCGGAUGGCUCCUGCUGUGCAUGGUCGACCUUGUCUGGCUCCUCUUCUUCACCUCUGACGAGGACUCGUGGCUGUUUGAGAGCUUUAGCGGAGGCACGGUUGGUGGCUGGGGCGGCGGCGCGUCGAACAGGCGGCACUCCGGCCGCGCCUCUCGCGCCGAAGCGGGCAUUUACGGCAACGAGAGCGCCGGGUUGCGUGUGAACGGCGCCGACCGCGGCAUGUCCAGCCACGAGCUGCCGGGUGGCUACGCCAACGGCGGCAUGGGCGGCACGAUGGGCUACUCGUCACCCAUCAACCUCGACGGCCCUAGCCCCGUCAAGAUGGCUACGCCCUCGCCUCAGCCCGACUUUGCCUCCGCCAUCGGGCAGAGCACCGAUACCGUCGCAUACAAGCACAAGGCCAAGGCCAACUACGCGUACUCGGCAAGCCCGGACGACCCAAAUGAGGUCUCGUUCGCAAAGGGCGAAAUCCUUGAGGUGCACGACACCACCGGCAAGUGGUACCAGGUCCGCACGGCCAGCGGGCAGCAAGGCAUUGCCCCCUCCAACUACCUCACCCUCCUCUAG